GUUGCUUUUAUGCUUGUUUUGAGGGAAUUCUGUAUGGUCCAUCUGGCAACGCCGACUCCGUCGUUUCCUGUCAGUGAGGAAAAUAUAGGUUAUGGUUACAUAAACAAAUUAACAAUCAAGAAUGAUUUUAACGCAAAACGUGCUAAAUAUCAGCAUACUGAGAACGGCGUCUAAUGUGACUGUAAAUUCAAGCAAAAAUUUUGCGACCAAUAAAACUGCUGUAAACAAGUCUAAAGAAUUGUAUCGAUAUUUGGUGAGGCAGUGUGCAAAAUUACCUGAAGGGGCCAACAAAUAUUAUAGGUUUAUGAUAAAACAGGUGAUACAAUUUAGAUUCAUGUAGAACCAAGCGAAACAUGGAUGUUUUUUAGAGUUUCAAGCAACACGUUAACGAGAAAGAUCCUGAGAGGAUAGAGCAGAUUAUUAGAAGGGCUUAUGAAGAUGCAGACUGGAUAUUGAAGAAGUACUUAGACGGUGGCAAUAAGAAGACAUAACCAUGUUUCAAGUCCCUCUAGCUACAAGUAGGGUAUGCUUUUCCCCAAUAACAUUUUGGGAAGUGAUUUCGCUGUACCACAACAGACCACACUUAGUGAAUCGUAAGUUAGCUGCAGUAUCACAGGUACUUUUGUUCAAUGUAGAUUUUCAUUGCAAGGGCAUAAAUCAUAUCAGCAGCUUAUUCACAAGACCUGCAAUACUGUAUGAACUACGCAGACUGAAAGAACUUAGCAGCAAAUAUUUAACUGAAGAAUUUGUAAGAAGUAUCAUUGAUUGCUUUGAUAAGAAUCUGAGUUUAGAAGCAGUAUCUGAUGCUGAGUUUGGCAACAAGUCAAAUGGAGUGUAUAUAUCAGUAAGGGUGCUUCUACCUCGCAUGAGAUCUUUAGAAAAAAGCCUGGAGGUUGUUAUUUUAGACAAAGAUACCAACAAGGCAGUAUUUCAUGCAGUAAGCGAAACAGGCAAAGUAUGCUUGGCACCACCUUUUCAGUAUGAGAUUGAGUUAUCAACAGGAGGAAUUAUGAGGUUGAAUAUUCAGAAUUUUGAAGAUGCAGAUUCUGCCUCGGCUAUGUGGCUUGCUGACAAGUUAUUUCCUAAGCUGUUGCAGUGGUCUGAAUGUGAUAUUGAUCAUAGAACUGUCACAUCUUUGUCCCUUAUACAAGCAGAUGAAUAUUGCAUGAAGUAUGCUGAACUGAAGACCAAAUAUGCAGAGAAGCUGGUAGAGGAUUGGCCAAAAAAGGCUGUAACGGACCCCCAAAAAUACAUAUUUGAAGACUUGGCCAUUGCAAGUUAUCUCAUAUGCGUAUGGAAAGACACACCAAAAAAAGAGAUAUGUUUUGUAGACUGUGGCUGUGGAAAUGGACUGCUUGUGUAUAUUUUGAAUCAAGAAGGAUAUUAUGGAUACGGCUAUGAUAUUAGGAGGAGAGAAGUUUGGGAUUUGUACACUGAAGAUACUCCUCUGAAGGUAGGUUCUGUAACACCAGAAUCUCGUUUUCCAGAUGCAAACUGGAUAAUCGGUAACCAUUCUGAUGAACUGACUCCAUGGAUUCCACUGAUUGCAUUGAAGAGUUCUCCAAACACCAACUUUUUCCUCCUGCCAUGUUGUCCAUAUGAUUUCAAUGGGCAGAAGUAUGCUAGGACUAAUACUGCACAGAGUCAAUAUUCUGAAUACCUGCUUUAUAUACAAGAUAUUUGCAAUAGGUGCGGUUUUGAUACAAAAAUAGACAAACUCCGCAUCCCCUCAACAAAAAGAACCUGUCUAAUUGGCACUAGACCAACUCCUUCGGACUCGGAAACAAUCAGGAACGUUGACAAGUAUGUAAAAUCUCGCAUGACGCAGAAGUUUACUGUCAAAGUCAACGUGGAACCAGUAAGGAACUGUACACAACUAGACAAGCAGUUGCUUCAACGUUUAGUGAAACUUGUGGUUGAUAUCCUUCUAGAACAACAGAAUUUUAUGAAAAAGUCUGAUGGUGAAACGUGGAAUAAAGGCGGUUCCGUUACUAUCAAAGAUUUGUCUCAGAGAAUGGAUAAGGAAGAUUUAUUAGCGCUCAAAAGUCAGUGUGGGGGCUUGCAGACUUUGCUUAGGAACCAUCGGUACCUAUUUGAGAUAGUUAAUGGUGGAGUGCAGCUGAGAGAACCGUUAAAGUUGAAUGAAGAUACCAAAAAAUAUCGAGAUAAACCUUGUUGGUUCCUGAAGAACCAUCCAGAUGGGUGUCUGUAUGAUGAACACUGUGCAUAUUUACAUACAUCACCUUGAUAUAUAAAUAUUGAACAUUUUUUAGCUACAGAGUCACACCAAAAGUUGUUGAUUCUUGUUCAUACCCAAAUACUUGCUUGUACUUGAUCUAUAGUCACAUCUGUGCUACUGUUACAUGCUGGAUUUCCCUAUUCUGAGCAAUAUUUUACAUACCAGGUCCUUCAAAUUCAGUCGUCACCAUUAGGAUAUCGGAAACCGCAAGAGAUACGGAGUCGGUUGAAUGGAAGCCAAGCUGCGCAUUUUGAUAACUAAGAAAAUGACACUUAGAAAGCUUCGCAAUUCAGAGUAUUUCCGGAGAUAAAAGUAGUAGUAGUAGAAAGAUUUAUUUAGCACAUUUGGCUACAUAAACAAAAUAAUUGUAAACAACUUAGAACUAGUAAAUCAAGCCAUAUGGUGUAUGAUGUAAAUGCUGGGCAACCUAUAAUUGUAGAUUUAACAAGUGAUUUCUCAAUUUUACUUUAAAUUUUGUCAAAGUUUUCUGGUCUUUUAUCUGCGAGUAUAAUUUAUUAUAUUCAAUCAACCCUUGAUGGAAUACAGAUUUGUAGCAUAUGUUAUACUUUUUGGUGAUUAAAUGGAAGUCAUCUUUAUUUCUGGUAUUAUGUAAAUGAUGGUCGACAUUUGAUGAUGUUAAAUUAGUUAGACUUGAUGAAAAUAUAUUAUUUUUUACUUUAUAAAUGAAUAUCAUUACAAGAUAUUUGAUAAAAUUUUUUACAUUGAGCCAUUUUAAUUUGCUAAUUGGAGUAUAUUUAUCUUUAUUUAGUAUUAUUCUCAUGCACUUAUUUUGUAAAAUUUGCAGUCUUUCAAAAAUGGAAUCAUUUGCUAAAUAUAGAAUAGUCCAACAGUACAAGAAAUUUGGAAGAAUGAUGGUAUUAUAGAUAAUUUUUCUGCUAUAUGAACUCAGACAUCAAGAAACUCUCGAUAAAUAUCCCACUUUACUACUAAUAUUAUUUAUAACUUUUUCAUAAUGAAUAUCAAAAAUUAAUCGAGAGUCAACAAACAAAAACAAAAUCUUCACCAUCAAUAGGUAUUCAGUUGAUCAUUUGUACAUUGUUUUUUCCGAUUAACAAGGCUUUAGUUUUACUUGCAUUUAAUUUUAGUCUGUUAGAUGCUAACCAUUUUGAGACAAGCUUCAAGUCUUCAUUUAUAUAAGAGAUACCAGACUGAAUAUUUUUAGUACUUCUAUAAAUCAUAGUGUCAUCGGCGAAAAUCUGAAUUUUGCAUACUUUUUGACUAUGGCAGGUAAAUCAUUUAUGUAUAAAAUAAAAAGAAGUGGUCCAGGAUACUGCCCUGUGGAAUACCCAAUUUUCAAUUUUUGAUGAAAUAGUGUCAUUAACUUUUGUAACUUGCAUCCUUUUAGACAAUUAAUUUCUAAACGAAUCUUAAACACUUCCUGUUAUACCAUAUGCCUUCAAUUUACCUAACAAAAUAUAUCUAUCAAUCAUUUCAAAUGCCCUCUUCAAAUCCAAAAAUACUGCUUCCGAGUCUAUGGCUCUUCUCCAAUUCUCAGUUACCAACUGGAAAGCUGUUUCUGUGGAAUAUUUUUUUCGAAAGCCUGCUUGCGCCUCCACUAAAAUUUUGUUUUCUUCUAUAAACUGCAUUAAUUGGUCAUGCACUAUGGACUCUAAUAAUUUUUCAAUAUCUGGUAACACAUUUACUGGUCUCAUAUCGCUGCAUCUUUUAGAAUUUUUUAUUUUGGGAACUGGUGUUAUUGUAGAGCAUUUCAAAUUUUCAGGAAAAUAACUGCUUCUCAGUGAACAAUUGAUCCAAUUUAAUACAGGAUAUCCCAAAAUUUCGAAACAGUUUUUCAGCACGUUUUUAGUAGUGAUUUCGGCACAGUUGUUAUUUGAUUUUAAACUGUUUACUUUUUUUCUUAGAUAAGUCAGUGAUACGCUGUGAAAUUUUGAAAGUGUAUGCAACAUUUCCCCCUGGAAACUGAUUUUCAUAUAGUCAGGUGCAGCAUUGGCAGUACCCACAAUAUCAACAAUACUUUCCACAAAAUAUUCAUUUAGUUUGUUUGCAAUCACCAAAGAAUUUGUUUCGGUACCGUUUUCGAAUUGAACUUGAUUUACACAAUCAUGCGGCUUCGAAUUGAUCAGUCUUUUUAAAGUCUUCCACAUCUUUACACUGUCGCACUUGUUAUUAUCGAUUUUUUUAUCGUAGAAUUUCCUUUUUUCUUCUCUAAUUACAUAUACACAUUUAUUCCUAAGAGUUUUAUAUACCUCCCAAUCAUCAUUUGAUUUUGUGAAUAUACAUGUAUUGUAUUGUUUGUCUCUUAAAUUUUGAGCUGCUUUAAUAUUCUUGUUAUACCAGGAUGUAUUUUUUGUCGAGCAAAUCACUUUUUUAUCAGUUGCAAGAUCUAAACAAGUUUUUAUAUUUCCUAUUAUGUUGUCAUAUAUUUUUUCCAUAUUCUCACCAAAAUUCCAAUAGCAGCCAGCAAGUUCUCGUUCAAGUUUUUCGUACUUAAUAGUAUUUACGAUUUUCUUAAUUUUUGUAUCAAAAACAUGCCCUACCAAGGGCAGCAUUGUCCAACUGUGAUCGCUAACUUUAAGUGUAUGUACAGCUUUAAUCCGUGCACAUUCGAAAUUUACAAUAACAAGAUCUAACAAAGUCUCUGAUAAUAAUGUUAUUCUGGUACUCUCUUCAAUUUUUUGCUUGAACCCAUAGUUGUUUAUGGUUUCUUUCAAUUUUCUUGUUUUCAAGCUUUUACCAUAAUAAUUUAAAAUCACCUAAAAGUAUUAUAUUGUUUCUAAAAUUCCACAUUUCUUCGCAUUUUUCAAAGAAACCCGAAUGUUCCCUAAAUCGUUUUUCUUGGCUGUAUUUGAGGUAAAAUAAAUUGGAAAUCAACAUUGCCACGGCACAGGUGGCAUAACUAGAAUUUCAAUAUGACGUUUUGUCUUUUACCCUCAGCAAGGAUGUCAUAUUGUAUUUUUGCACAGGUUAAAAAAACUGUUUAAUUCUGAUUCCAAAAAUGUAAAAUAUGUCAUACAUUGACACUGUCAAACUAAUAUUUUAACGACUAUUUAUCUAUCAACAAUAACAGCGCUAUUUCAGCACUACGCCGCCUCCGUGCUACAUGACACCUCAGCCAUAGGUUAAUGUUAUUUGAGAUACAAGACAUGUGUUUAGAUAUGACGGAUAUCAAAUGUGUUGAGUAACCUGCAACACCAUCGAAGCUCUUACUCCUGACUGUUUCUGUUGAUAUCUUAACAUUAUGCUGUUAUCCAUUCAUUCAUUACCACGAGGGCGGUUCAAUAAGUACCCGUGUUAGAAAUGAAGACACUAUUUUUUCAAAAAAAAAAAAUUAUUAUUUUUCAACAUAGUCCCCUUUUAGAAAGAUACGCUCUUUUCUCAACGUUCCUGCCAUUUUUAACCCUUCUAAAAAAUAGGAUUUGUCGAACUCUCCAAAAUACGCCUCUGUCUCGGCCUCUGAUAGUUCGCGCACUUGCGUUCGUCGAUCAGCGAGAAUCAUGUCGUGAACUUUUUGAAUGAUUUCCUCGGUAACGACGUCUGCCGGGCGUCCUGGUCGAUCCUCAUCAAAAACGGAUGAUCCCCACGUUUAAAUUCGUUAAACCAAUAUCUAAGAGUGGUCAUAGAUGGCGAAGUGUCCCUCUUAACAGCAUCCAAUUUUGCUUUUAUCUCCUCGCAUUUUUUCCCAUCCAAAAACAAAAGGCGAAUUACCGAACGAUACUGCUCUUUUUCAUCACGAAAUACCUGUUACUCGAAUGGCUGUCAAAUCCAAACUAACCUUUCAAUCACUUUGAAAUUUGUUGUGCCGUCGUUUCAUAGAUGGCAGCACAUGACGAUAACACGAACUUCCCUCAGGAACGUAAAAACAAUAUGAAAAAUUUAGCUUUGUCUUGUUCGUCAUCCUCUUAAGAACAAAUAUAGGAACAAUACUUCCUUAGAAGUUUCUUGUAAUAUCAAUCUAUGUCAUAUGAUAUGUAACAUAUCACAUUAUUAAAAUCGUAAAUAGGUAAUGUUAACGUAUGCCUAGCUCAUAUAAACAGGAGGAAUGCUUGGAUAAUUAUAUGAAACCAAUGACUAUAGCUUCAAGGCCUACUUAGAAAACACUAUUUUUCAUAUAACUAUAGUUUUAAAAUAUUAAACAUAUUAUACAGAUUUGUAAUUAGAAUCUAUGUACUUGUGCAAACAUCCAACAUAUCGUGCAUAAGAAAAAAAUAAACGAAAUAUUAUAUUGAAAUUCUAAUAAUGCUACCUUGUAGAGGAGAAAAAGUGGAAUUCCCUUUUCAAAUAGGGUCAAGCAAACGAUUUUGGGAAUAUUCAUUUUUUUCUAAUUGACAAUUUUAUAUCAAAAUAAGACAACGCAAAGUGCCCUCUACAGCACAGUCGGCCAACCGUGUACCGUGGUUCAUGCUUUUUGGCAAUCAUCAACUCAGUCUAGGCUUGGUACGCAGUUGGUCUGUGGUUGGACAAAAGCAGUAUUUUGAACAUUACCUAAAUGCCCAGCUUUGCCGCCAUUUAACCGACAUAGAAUCUCUUACCGUUUUGGAAAUUCCAAUGGUGAGAGUCUGAUUUCAAACAUACGGUGCACUUUAGUAACAUCCAAUUUCAACGUUGUUGAUUCAUAGUGGAAAAUUUGUAUGAAUAUUUUUAUCAGUAACAUGUACA